AUGGCAAAACACGAAGAUCUACCAGUUCCAAUCCACUCCAAACUUGACGAGGUUUACGGUGAUGGAUCACAGGUCGAAGAAGCUCAACUUCGUUUCUCCAUUCUCGAUUCCAAAUUCGAAGAAUUAUUCGGUCAUCUUCCUGACCUCUAUGCUCGCGCUCCAGGAAGAGUGAAUUUGAUCGGAGAGCACAUUGACUAUGAGGGGUACUCUGUGUUGCCCAUGGCAAUUAGGCAAGACACAAUUGUAGCCAUUGGAAAAAGAGAUGCAGGGGAGUCUGAAAAGCUUCUUAGGAUUGCAAAUGUUAAUGACAAGUACACAAUGUGCACCUAUCCUGUUGAUCCUAACCAGGAGAUCGACCUGAAGAAUCAUCGAUGGGGCCAUUAUUUUAUUUGUGGAUAUAAGGGUUUCCAUGAAUAUGCUAAAUCAGCAGGGCUGGAUGUAGGUUCACCAGUUGGACUUGAUGUAAUGAUUGAUGGAACAGUUCCUACAGGAUCUGGGCUAUCAAGCUCUGCAGCUUUUGUCUGCUCUUCUACUAUUGCAAUAAUGGCUGCCCUCAAUGUCAAUCUUCCCAAGGUAUUCUAA